GGAAUUAGAAAAUAAACUUUAUUACAGUGAAGAUCCACUUCUCCAACCCACCCCCACGCACAUAUAAUCUACAUUUCUUGGAUCCCUCUCCAUUAAAGAAAUUCCUGUCAAAUUUCAAGAGCAUCUUUCUGUGUACACGACUUUCAUGACAAAGAGAAUUUUCAACUGAACCUCUCUUCCAUUUUCUAUCUCUUCUACAUUUCAUGGCAGUCCUCAGUUUCCCACCCGAGCAGGCGGCGGCGGUGGCCAAGAAACAACUGUCCAAGCGGAAGAAAAAGCACCAGAAGAAUAACCAGACGUCAUCUUCUUCAUGGAACCAAAUCAAGAACUUGCUCAGUUGCAAACAAAUCCAAGAUUCAAAAAUUCACGAUCCUUCAAAGAAUAACACUGCAACUUUUUUGAGCUCUUCCUGCAGUUCUAUUUGUCCAUUUGGAGAUAUUGUUCAUGGCAACACAAGGGUCGUUCACAGAGCGGAUAACUCCCCGGGGCAAGAAACGAUGCUUUUGAGCAAGAAAAGUAGUAAUUGGUCAUCUUCUUCUUCAAGGUCAAUUUCUAGUUCAGUGAGAUCAAGUGGUGGCGGUGGUACAACAUAUAUAGCAGGAUCAUCCAGAGGCAUGCAAUUCAGGAAGCUUUCUGGGUGUUAUGAGUGUCACUCGAUUGUUGAUCCUAACAGGUAUCCAUUGCCAAGAACAACUAUAUGUGCUUGCUCCGAAUGUGGAGAUGCGUUCCCAAAAAUUGAAAGCUUGGAACAUCAUCAAGCCAUUAGGCACGCAGGUACAUUUUCUGAAAUUGGCGAAGAAGAUUCAAGCCACAACAUAGUGGAGAUUAUCUUCACAUCAAGUUGGCUCAAGAAGGACAACUCAGUUUGCAACAUUGAGCGAAUAUUAAAAGUACACAACACUCAACGCACAAUCCAACGAUUUGAGGACAGUAGAGAUGCAGUUAAAAUACGUGCAAAUAGCAAUACCAAGAAAAACCCCCGGUGUGCAGCGGAUGGAAAUGAGUUGUUAAGGUUUUACUGCACAACACUUAUAUGUUCGCUUGGCACUCGUGGGUCAACUAGGUUGUGCGGGUCCUUCCCAGGUUGCGGAGUGUGCACUAUCAUCCGACAUGGCUUUCAAGGAAACAAGGUGAGUGGUGUUCACACAACUGCUAGUAGUGGGAGGGCCCACGAUUGCCUUGGAAGUGGGGAUGUGCGAAGGGCAAUGCUUGUGUGUCGUGUUAUAGCUGGAAGAGUCAAGCAAGUGGUGAAUAAUGCAACAUUUGAAGAAGAUAGAAUUGGCAUGUCACCUAUUCGUUCUUAUGAUUCCGUAGCUGGAUGUGCUGGAAUUUACUCAAAUAUCGAGGAAUUAUAUGUUUUUAAUCCAAGGGCCAUUCUACCUUGCUUUGUAGUUAUUUAUAAAGCAAUUGAAUCUUAGGCAAAAAGUGGAUAUACACCUUUUCCCUGGGGUUUUUGUUUAACCCUAAAGUGGCUGGUAUCAAAUCAAGUGACUAAUUCGGGGUUGGCCAAACUAAAAGCUGAAUUAUUCAGUCUUGUAUAUGCACUUGAUGCUUUUUGUA